CUUGGUCUUGAUCGCUGCUGCGGGACUCUCAGCGCCAUGGCUUCGGUGAAGAUCGAUGCUCGCAAUUUCCACAAGCGAGCCAAGCUCCUGCUGGCGACCUGGAAAGGCGCUGGGCGGGUCGGCUCCGCUGAAGAGUUUGCCGAAGCAGAUGCGCUCCUGGUCGCCGUCGGAGCCAACAACGAUGACGAGGCUUCCUUCAGCAAGUCCACUGCCGUUCAAAUGUGGCUGCUUGGAUACGAGUUUUCGGACACCAUCAUUGUCUUUACCCCGGAGAAAAUCUAUGUUCUCUGUGGAGCCAAGAAAGCCAACUAUCUUGAGCCCCUGAAGCAGUACGAGCGGGGAGUUCCCCUCGAGAUAUUCAUCCGCGGAAAAGAGGCCGGCAGCAACCUUGAGGGCUUCCAGAAGCUCUUUGAGGUGAUGGCAGGCUCAAAGGCAGGAAAGAGGAUCGGCGUCCUUACCAAGGACCAAUACAGCAGCAAGUUCUAUACGGAGUGGAAAGAGGCACUGGGCAACGCGCCGACCAAAUUUGAGCAAGUCGAUAUCUCUGUCGGCAUCGGAUCCGUCCUUGCCAUCAAGGACGAGGACGAGCUGAGAUCACUGAAGCUCGCCAGCAAGGUGACCAGCUGCCUCCUGAACGAAUACUUUGUCACCGAGAUGGAGUCGAUUCUGGAUCAAGAGCGAAAAGUUACGCACAUCGAUAUUGCCACGGCCACCGAAAACAUGCUGCAAGACCCCAAGGCCAAAUCGCGCCUGAAGCUUCCAAGCGAAGCCGAUAUCGAGAACCUCGACAUAUGCUACACGCCCAUCAUUCAAAGUGGUGGCAAGUUUAACCUCAAGCCCAGCGCAGUCUCGGACUCGGAGUUCCUGCAUGAGGGAACCAUUAUUGCAUCCCUCGGCUUCCGAUACAAGCAAUACUGUGCAAAUAUCUCACGGACCUAUUUGGUCAACCCCACCAAGGGCCAAGAGAAAAACUACAAGUUCCUGGUGGAGCUGCAGCAGUACGCCUUGAGUGUCGUCAAGGACGGAGCACAAUGUCGCGACGUCUAUGCCAAGUUGCUGUCGUACAUAGAAAAGAAGCGCCCGGAUCUCAAGAGCUUCUUUGUCAAGAGCUGUGGUUUUGGUAUGGGACUCGAGUUCCGCGAGUCCAACUACAUGCUCUCGCCCAAGAACCCGCGCGAGCUCAAGGCAGACAUGGUCCUCAACCUGAUUCUGGGCUUUGAGGGGCUCGAGAACCCCGAUGCAGCGGACGCCCGCGACAAGAGCUACUCUCUGCUGCUGUCGGACACCAUCCGCGUUACCCGCGAUAUUCCCAUCGUCCUGACCGAGUCCAGCAAGGAGCUGUCCAAGAUUCGAUACGUUUUGGCGGACGAAGGUGAAACCGAAGUCAAGAAGGAAAAGAACGACGGCAUGGUCCGCAAGUCGGCCGUGCUCGAGAGCAAGCUUCGUGGCGAGGAAAAGGACGAGAUCGCCCCCGAGCAGCGACGCAAGAUACAUCAGAAGCAGCUGGCUGAGCAGAAGCGCAAGGAAGGAAUUGCCCGAUUUGCGGAAAGGGCAAAGAAUGCCGAUGGCACUGAAGCACCCAUCUUCAAGAAAUUCGAAAGCUAUCGCAAAGAAGCGCAGCUGCCCAAAGAAGUUCAGAGCUGCAAGAUUGUUGUGGACAGCAGGAGCGAGUCUAUCAUUUUGCCUAUCAACGGUUUUGCCGUUCCCUUCCACAUCACUACGCUCAAGAACGUGUCCAAGAACGACGAAACCGACUUUACUUACCUUCGGCUGAACUUUGUCACGCCCGGGCAAUCGUUUGGCAAGAAAGACACGACGUCGCCCUUUGAAAACCCAAACGCCACGUUCAUCCGAUCGCUUUCAUUUCGAAGCUCGGAUCAUUACCGCUUCAACGAGAUCUUCAAACAAAUCAAUGAUCUUAAAAAAGAAAGCCAAAAGCGGGAAGCGGAGCGCAAGGAAAAGGCCGAUCUCAUCGAGCAGGAUCGGCUGGUAGAAGUCAAAGGCCGUCGUCCUUUGCGCCUUCCAGAAGUCUAUGCUCGUCCCGUUGUCGAAAGCAAGCGUGUGCCCGGCGAUCUGGAGAUCCACAUCAAUGGCAUCCGGUACCAGUCGCAGCUCAAGAGUGACCAGCGCAUAGAUAUCCUCUUCAGCAACAUCAAACAUCUCUUCUUCCAGCCAUGCGACAACGAGCUCGUUGUCAUCAUACAUGUUCACCUGAAGAACCCUAUCAUGAUCGGCAAGAAAAAAACCAAGGACAUCCAAUUCUUCCGCGAAGUUGGCGAUGCCAGCUUUGAUGAGACGGGCAAUCGCCGUCGACGCAUGAACUAUGGCGACGAAGACGAGUUGGCACAAGAGCAAGAGGAGCGUCGCCGUCGACAGCUGCUCAAUCGAGAGUUCCAGAUGUUUGCCGAAAAGAUCACAGAGCUGUCAAAGAGCAUCGAGGUCGACAUCCCGUUCCGCGAGCUUGGCUUCUACGGCGUCCCCCACCGCGAACUCGUCCUCCUUCAGCCGACAACCGACUGCGUCGUGCACCUGACCAACCCGCCCUUCACCGUCGUCACCAUCGAAGAGGUGGAGAUUGCGCAUCUCGAGCGAGUGCAGUUCGGAUUGAAGAACUUUGAUCUCGUCUUUGUCUUCAAGGACUUUACAAGAGCGCCUGUGCACAUCAACACAAUCCCAACGAAUAGCCUCGAGUCUGUCAAGGACUGGCUGGACUCUGUGGACGUCCAGGUCACCGAAGGACCCGUCAACCUCAACUGGAACGAAAUCAUGAAGACCGUCACCAAGGACCCCAUCACAUUCUUCCAAGAUGGAGGCUGGAGCUUCCUUGGCGGCGACAGCGAUAACGACAGCGGCAGCGAGGACGACGAAGAAAGUGAGUUUGACAUUGGUGAAUACGAAGAUGACGACGAGUCGUCGGAGAGCGACAGCUACGACGAUGAAGGAUCUGGAUCGUCAGACUACUCCGGCUCUGAGGAGAGCGAGUCGGGCGAAAGCUGGGAUGAGCUCGAGCGCAAGGCUGAAAAGGCUGACAAGAAGCGCACCCACGGAUCCAAGGGAGACAGCGGCGACGAACGCAGCAGCAAAAAAUCCAAACGAUAGAGCAGUGGCGCUGCUCGGGCUCGAGACCAAGUGCCUGCUGGCUCCAAUGAAGGCGAUCACGGGGCUUGCAUUGGCACCCGAUUCGGACAUCUGCAGCUGCUGUACUUGGCAGGUCAAUACAACCAUUUGCCCGCUCUUCUCUCAUA